UGUCUUUGCUUGGUUGACUUCGUCUCGGAGUGACCUGUGGGCUGGGCCGACCCCUCGUGGCUGGCGAGUGGAGGAUGUGCUGGGUGGUCCGUCACCGUGCCGGCCUUCUGCGGGGCCGCCGAGCGUCUGCCCGCCUUGCGUUCCCUCCUCCGCUUGGCUUCCUUCCGAGGAGCCCUUCUCCGUGUGCUCACGGGCCGCCGAGUGUGUCUCUGGGGAAGUUUGGAUCCUUUUCCCAUUUUGCUUUUCCAUUAGUGAGUCAUAGCGGUCCUUUUCGUGAUCUGUGGACCUCGGUUCCCUCUGAGGGCUGUCUUCUCGCUUCCUCCUUGAUGUCCUUUCCGGCGGAAACGUCUGUCGAUGUACUUUGGCUCUCGUUGCCUGUGCUCUUGGUGCGCUGAGAAACCGUGGUGUGUGUCCUGGGAAACAGGUGAGCUCCGUGGUUUAGCUCUCACCCUGAAGGUCUUGGGUCCAUUGUGGGCUCACUUGUGUGCAGCGCACGUGGCCCUCCUGCCGUCCCGGCCCCGUGUGUCACAGACGUUCCCCCCGGAGUCGUCCUGUCCCCUUGUCGAGAUUCCGUCGGAAGUGAGACGGUCGGUUUGUUGCUGGGCUCUCAGGUCUGUCCUUUUGAUUCAUCUGUCCCGCUGCGUGUCUGCGCCGCACCGUUCUGAUUCCUGUGGCUCUGUUGGACGUUCAAACCAGGAACUCCUCUGCCUCAAGAUCGUUUUGGCUUAUGCCUCCUCACUGGAAAGGCAGAGCCCUGGUGUGGCCUCCUGCCUCGCUCACAGCCUGUGCCCCGGGGAGCCCAGCCUGCAGACAGCGGCAGUGGUGUCCAUGGGCUCUGCGGACCAUCAGUUCCACCUCGUGGAGAUCCUGUCCCAGAACUACGGCCUCCAGGAGCCGUGCGAGCCGGCCGCGGGAGACCCCGAGAAGCCUGAGGGGGAGCUGGAGAAGGACUUCAUCGCCCAGAGCAGUGACAUGCCCCUGGAUGAGCUGCUCGCCCUCUACGGCUACGAGGCCUCAGACCCCGUCUCCGAGCAGGAGAGCGAGGGCAGCGACACCACCGCCAACCUCCCAGACAUGACCCUGGACAAGGAACAGAUAGCGAAGGAUUUGCUUUCGGGGGAAGAAGAGGAAGAGACACAGUCAUCGGCCGAUGACCUGACCCCGUCUGUGACCUCCCAUGAGGCCUCCGACCUUUUUCCCAGCCAGAGUGGAUCCUGCUUCCUGGGCAAUGCAGACGAAGAGCGUGGCUCGUCUACGUCGUCCGACGCGGAGGAGGACGCCCUUCCUGCCAACAAGUGUAAGAAGGAGAUCAUGGUUGGGCCUCAGUUCCAAGCCGACCUCAGCGGCCUGCAGUUGGACCGCCAUGGUGAGAAGUUCUAUGAGAAUGAUGACCAGCUUCUCUGGGACCCCAACGUCCUUCCUGAGAGGGAGGUGGAGGAGUUCCUGUACCGGGCGGUGAAACGGAGGUGGCACGAGAUGGCGGGGUCGCAGCGCCCGGAGGGAGAGGCUGUGAAGGACAGUGAGCAGGCGCUCUAUGAGCUGGUGAAAUGCAAUUUCAACGCAGAGGAGGCCCUGCGGAGAUUGCGGUUCAACGUGAAGGUGAUCCGAGAUGGCUGCUGCGCUUGGAGCGAGGAGGAGAGCAGGAACUUCGAGCACGGCUUCCGAGUGCACGGGAAGAACUUCCACCUGAUCCAGGCCAACAAGGUGCGCACGCGGUCCGUGGGGGAGUGUGUGGAGUACUACUACCUGUGGAAGAAGUCGGAGCGCUACGACUACUUCUCCCAGCAGACGCGGCUGGGCCGGAGGAAGUACGGCCCGUCGGGAGCCACGGACGCAGAGCAGGACCUGGACAGCAGUGACCCUGAUGGCACUGGCCGCCCCCGCUCCUCGCCACCCCUGCCCCCUGCAGCUGACGGCCUGGGCUCCGAGCAGGACCCCUUGGCACGGAUGCACACAGAGCUGCUCGGCGUGGACAGUGUGGCCAGCAGCGUCGGUGAGCCUGGGGAGAGUUCCGACAGCCUUCCGCCCUCGGAUCCGGGGCCUUGUGCGUUCCAGCAGCUGGAUGCGCCCCCAGCCGUGCCCCUGCCCAGGCGGCCCCCCGGCCUGGUGGAGCCGGCCUUGUGCCCCCCGGCCACAGCGCCUCCGGAGCCCGGCAGCAGCCCGAGACUGGCUGUGGACUUGGCCCUGCCCGGGGCCCUCCCUGAGGAGCUGCCCCUCAUCGCCAGCCGCGUGGAUGUGAACGGAGAGGCCGAGGAGGUCGUCGCUCCCGCCCAGGUGGCCUUGUCUGUCACCGAGUUUGGACUCAUCGGCAUUGGGGACGUGAAUCCCUUCCUGGCCGCCCACCCAGCGUGCCCAGGCCCCGGGCUGCACUCGGAUCCCCUGUCACAGUAAUACAUUCAUAUGGUUCAAAAUCCAAAAAGGUACAAGUGGGGCCAGUGCCAGGCUCCUCCCACCCCUGUCCCCACCACCAGCCCUCCCCAGGCGCCCAGGACAGUGCUGCCUCCGGGGAGCUUGUCCACCAGCACUAGUGAAAACACGGUCCGCUGGGGGGGGCGAGGUCGGGAGCCACGGUUUCAGCCUACGGCACCCAGGCUGUGCCGUCCGUGGGACCGCACUGACCCUUUCUCGGUCUCUCCCCUGCAGCUGUAACGUGAUGACCUGUUGAUCCCUGGCCGCAGGCGGGCGUGCGUGGCCCGGACUGGACGCGGGGCCGCCGCGGGGCCUGCCUCCGCCAGUCUUCCCGACCCUUCCCCUCCUCGCGGGCCUCGGGUAGCGCCUCCUCUGCUCCAGAACGCAGCGAGGACGUGGCGCACUGCGGCCGGGCCUGCCCCGCCCUCACACACAGCCUGGCGCCCUCGGUGCCCGGCCCCACUGUCCGUGCUGUCCAGGCUGCUGCCCCCGGCGCAGUACCCGGUGGGCGGCCAGAGGUGGAGGGCCCGGCCCCGUGUAGCCAGCAGAGGCGAGGACGGUGUCCCUGCCCCCUCGGGGAGGUGGGGAGAUGGGGCGAGGUGCUGCCCCCACCAGCAGCCUCCGCCCGGGCGCCCUCAGCACUCCGCUUGGCUCCAUCUCCCUGCCCCUGGCGGGGUCAUGGGCUGCCUCAGCCCGGGGGUCGCGGGCAGCUGCUACUCGGUGCCAAACCCCGUGGGGCACAGAGCCAUAUACCUCGACGUCGGCCGCGCCCGCCCUCGACCUCCGCCCUGCUCUCCACUUCAGGAAACGCCGCACUUUACGCCCCGCCCCCUGCCCCCUGCCCCCCCCCCCCCGCCUCCCUCUCUCCAGCCCGCAGCAGCCUCGGGUGUGGGGUCGAGGAGACGGGUGACCUGCAACCCCCUUGGUACCAAGGCACCGUUGCCUGCAGCCCCAAGGGGCUGGCUCCAGCCCGUUCCCCUGACCCUGUGGGUCGUUCUUCUGUUGGAGCUCCCCAGCACGACAGUUUGGGGUCCUGGUCCUUCUUUUUCCCAGCUUCCCCCGUUUUAUUUAUGUUUCUGUUUACAAAUUGGAGUGGGGUCCUCCACGGGGCCAGGGCAGCGCUCCCCAACCCCGGUGUCGCCAGGAGAGGGUUUUGGAUCGAGCCCGUCUGCAGAGUUGGCUUCGACCUUCCCUCACCCCACCAAGGACCACACUGUGAAGUGAGAACUGCCUUGAAUCCCUGGCUGUUUUAUUUAUUAAACUUGAUUUGAAACCCA